UGCUGCAUCGCUGGUUCCCUAGUGCGAGGUACCAAUUGCAGUGGUCAGCUGGGCCGGGUGUGGAGUACGUCUCGGUGGGUAAACCAUGGACGGUAUUUGGCAAGCUGGGUACGGAAUGGUGGGUGGAGUUGCCCUUUUUCAAACGAGCCCUUUUUUAUAUUCGUAAUCAGUCCGCCUUGGUUCAGCCACUCUCUCUACGGCAAACAAAGGAAGUUGAGGGGAACGACGAUGCUCAUAAUAGUGCCGCGUCUCCUGAAGACAACAGGAGUUCCGCUCACAGUUACUUCUGGGCGACACAAGGGCCGAGGUGGAACCCGAGUCUUGUGCGUGGCUUUAAGGACGAUUAUCCCUCACUGCACUACGCGUCACGUUGGUACACACUCAUCUCGGCAGAACUGGCGUCAGAUAGGCGUCAACGGGAUAAGGGCUCUAAAACAUGGCAAGUCCCUACGUGGAUGAUAUACGCGAAUGCGUGCUUUACGGACUCUUUUGCCACGCCGCCACGAGCGUCUGUUGGAUUUGCCUUUUCUGGGACCCCGCGAGGCACGACGGAUGCGUUUAAUGUUCUCACAUCAUCGUCAUUUGAGUGCAGUUUUAACUGGUGGCUGAAAUUUUAUCAGGGAAGACCUUCGCUUGUAUCGGGAAUUGUUUCCGGUCAGCGGGCGGAGGAGUCGACACUGCGACUUUCGCCCUUUGAAACUUUUCGUCAUUUUCGCUGUGGACUGACGUGGAAGGCAUGA